AUGCCUUUGGUCGAUGAAUCUCACGACUCUCUCCCGUAUAUCGAUGCAACGCCGUCUGCUGAGGCUCGAGCUUACGCGGAGAAGUUGAUCGCGUCGGAGCUUUCAUCAGAUUACCAGACCUCAGUCCAUCCCUCAAUUCCCGAAUUUCCUGAGCCCAAAUUCUCGCCCUUGAUCCAGCAGGAAAUCGAGCGAAAGGCAGCUGGUCUGCCAUUGACUGGAGGAAUCGAUUUAGCGCGUUACGAGGCCCCUGAGCCACCUACUCGCUCCGCGGAUUCCGCUCCCAACCUCGAUGAGUGGCGACAGACGCUGCGGAGAGCCUACACUGCUAGCUCUCACUUGUCAUCGCGGCAGGAGAACCUUUCGCUUCUUGAAGAAAGCGGCAAAAAUGCGUGGUUGAUUGGAAACUCACAGUUGGAGGACAUACUGAGGGCGCUUGAAAAGGAACUGGCAGAGACCAAGGAGGCAACAGAGAGUGUCAACAAACAACGAAAGAUUGCACAAGAAUCUUGUCAGGGAGAAAUCACUGGGCUGGAAGAGUCAUGGCGACGUGGUGUUGGUGCCAUUCUUGAUGUGGAACUUGCCGCCGAGGAUUUGCGAAUGAAGAUUUUGGAGCAAAGACGGCAACAUGCUCAGCAACAGGCACGGUAA